CUAACUAACUACACAUUGACACUUGUUGGGGGGUACAUGUGUUCUGUCGCAGUUUACCGAUUUACCGGCAGAUGAAGAAGCCACGUCUGAUGACAUUUUAGCCUGAGCGGUGCUGUUAACUUUAAGUAAAGGUCAUUGGUGGAUAAGGAAGGACGCUAUAAACAAAUACCUGAAGGAGUGACUCAGCAUUGUGAAACCACUCACCUGGGCUGCCGACAUCUACACAUUCCACCUGAUCUGACUGGGUGCGCAGCCUGAAAGGCAGAAAUUGACCCCGUGAACCCAGACGAAGACGAUAAAGCUGUGUGCAGAGUGAUCAACAGGACUGACAGACAUGGGGAAGCAGAACAGCAAGCUCCGUCCUGAGGUGAUGCAGGACCUGCUUGAGAGCACCGACUUCACCGAGCAUGAGAUCCAGGAGUGGUACAAGGGCUUCCUGAGGGACUGCCCCAGUGGGAACCUCUCCAUGGAGGAGUUCAAGAAGAUCUAUGGCAACUUCUUCCCCUAUGGAGAUGCUUCAAAGUUUGCCGAGCACGUCUUUCGCACAUUUGACGCUAAUGGCGAUGGGACAAUAGAUUUCCGGGAGUUUAUCAUCGCACUAAGCGUGACGUCGCGCGGCAAGCUGGAGCAGAAGCUGAAAUGGGCGUUCAGUAUGUAUGACCUGGACGGGAAUGGGUACAUCAGUAAAGCUGAGAUGCUGGAGAUCGUACAGGCAAUCUAUAAGAUGGUGUCCUCAGUGAUGAAGAUGCCUGAGGAUGAGUCAACACCUGAGAAGAGGACAGAGAAGAUCUUCAGGCAGAUGGACACCAACAGGGACGGCAAACUGUCUCUGGAGGAGUUCAUCAAAGGAGCUAAGAGCGACCCCUCCAUCGUCCGCCUGUUGCAGUGCGACCCCAGCAGUGCCGGACAGUUCUAAACCUGAGGCAUCAACAUAACCUUGCUUCUGUGGGUGACUCUAAAUGCCCUUAACUCUCCACUAUGGAGCAGACUGAUGAUGAAGGAUGACAAGCUUGAUGACGAUGAUGAAGACGGGCCUUCAAUUUGCACUGAGGACUUCAAAGAUGGGCGCAGGAGCCGCUUUCUCCAGUUUUCCACCUCGAGCCGUUUAUCUAAACCCUCCAAACCGACAACAAAGACUGAACCCGACGACUUUCCCAGACCCCCGCUGAUUGUAAUUGACCAGGACCCCUCAGUUCUCCUAUAGGCAUGUCAGAGUAUAAAGAAGGUCUACAGUAGGUUGUAUAUAUACAGUAUAAACUGGAGUCUCUGUAUCAGUGUGUUUGCUUGACUCUCUGUGCCCUCUGAGGCUCCAGCCGGGGCGACACAGAGCCUCUGUCACUCUAAUGUGUAUCAUAGACAGAGUGUGUGCAUGAGACGACAAGAGAGGGAGAGGAUGGUGUUGCAUAACAGGACAUACUGUAGGUGAGACAGUUUAAUCUGCAGAGAGAGGACUUGUGAAGUUUGUCCUUCACUCAGAAUGAGUAUUGCUUUUAGUUUCCUCUUUUCUACUGUGAGAAUGUGUACGCAUGUUUGUGUAUUUUUUGCAAACUUGAUAGACUUUGUUUCAUAUUUUGUGCUGGGGACAACAAGAACAUGUACUAUUAUGCUACUAUGCAUAUGCACCCUAAUUAAUAGUUUGAUUUUUGUGAAGUGUCACUUAUGUCAUGAAGGAUGAAACGCAUCCCUUUAUCCAUCAUCUGUUCCAGUGGUUUUUCCUAUCAGUGAGGAUUUGACAGACUUGUAGGGUCGCGGCGUCGCUGCGACUCGCUUUUAAAGUAAAAUAGAAAACUAGUCUUUAAAGUAUUUGAGUAGUGUAGAUAUUUUAAAGUGCAACUGCAUUUGUAAAGCAAAUUCACACAGUCCAGAACGCUCGGUUCAUAACAAAUGUUGUGAAAUAAUCAUUUAAAAAAAAAAAAAAACAACAAAAAAAAAGUUGGUGUAUUUAAGCUGUUGCAGGAUAUCAAGCAUGCAAACCAGUUUCUUCUUUGACACGUGCCAUGUGAAGGAGGACGACGGCGCACUUCUCCACGUUCACUUUCAGACGUCUUUAAAUGCUGCAUGUUGAAUCAGUCGUUGAACAGUUGGGUACAGCGGUGCAUAGACUAAAUAACACAUAUGCAUGUGACUAAUGUGCAUGUGUGAGUUUUUGAUGUAUGUUUAUGGAACUCAGUGGUUAAAACGGCCGGUCGCCCAUCUGUGCUCUCUUCUCUGCGUUAGUACUGUCAUCAUUAGUACCGCCGGCAGUCAUCGGUUAGCGACUGCCACAGCUGACACAUCUAACGGUUCACAUGAGUAACGUCAUGGAGACGGGCUUUAGGAAGACCGCCGAUGCACAACAAACUGUACACAUAAAGACACACGCCGUUGCAGAGGGAUGCUGGGUAGUCGGAUCUGAGAAAUGUCUUCUGUAUCAGUUGAGCUGAAUAAUGAAAUCACCAUGCAGCAGCUGUAUCAGGGCCAAACAGACACAGAGUGAACCGAAUCCUUUAGACUUAGAGUCCCAGUUCUGAGUAAACGUUCAACUAAACGACAUGUACGUAAUUUGUAGUGUUACAUAACGUGAAUGACAUGAUGUUGGGUAACACAAGUGCUGGUGUCCCACUAAUACAAACACUCCCAAUAAAUUUAUUGUUGUUAUGUUUGGUCUCCUCUCCUCUCCCUCCUUCGUUCUGUGCUCAGCUGCAACAGAAAACUCCUCAACAGAAAAAGAAGGUCUCCCUCUUAAGAUUAGGAAGUCCAGCCAGGAGCAGGGAAUGUGACCCAACCCUCAUCCAGGGCUGAGCAAAGAUGUUUCACUCAUUGCAUCGUUUCCCAAUUAGAAAAGCUUUGAAUGUUUUAUUAAAUAACUGCUGUUUUUUUUUUGUUUUGUUUUAUUUUGUGUUUUUUUUUUUUUUGGUAAAAAAAAAAAAAAAAAGAUGCAGACAAACAAACCACAAACCGAGAAUCACAUCUGCUGCGGUGAUACUGUCACAAUGUGUUGCUUUUUAUUGUAUUUUUAACUUUUUUUUUUUUUUUUUAAGCUGUCAGGUAUAACAUUUCUGUCGAAACACAAAAUAGCAUCUUGUGCCAAAUAAAAACAAGAACAGUAUUGUAUGAAUUUAUACUGUACAAUUGUUAUUAUCUGUUGAACAAAAUGUUUGUAAUUGUUGCCUUUUGUAGGUUUUGUAUGGUAUUCUGUAUUUAGUGACUGCAGUUUUGAACACGGGAUUCUGUUUUUUGGUCAACUUUAAAAGGCAAAAAUUAAAUUUACAGUUUAUUGUGUGCAAGCA